CACACAUAAAUACGAAAACUUGCUCACUCAGAGAUGCGCGCGCGCGCACACACACACACACCCCCAUCAAUCGAGUAAAAUAACUGGCUGAGAGGCGUCGCCGAGGCGAGGGGGGGGGUGAGAGGAGCCAUGCGCGGGGGUCGUCGGGGCUGCUUCGCAGAUCGGCGAAGCGUGCCAAUGGACGCGUCGCGGCGCUGAACGCCCCCCCCCCCACCCGCGACAUGUCGCGCGCGGCGGCCAUCGCCAGCUCGCUGAUGCGCCAGAAGCGGCAAGCGCGGGAGCGCGAGAGGGCCAGCGCGUGCCUCGACGGCGACGCCGCCGCCGCCGCCGCCGGCAAACUGAACGUGUUUGCGCGCGUCAACUUGUUUGGCGCCCGCAAGAAGAGGAAGCGGAGGAGGCCGCCGGAGCCGCAGCUGAAGGGCAUCGUGACGCGACUGGCCAGUCGGCAGGGCUUCCAGCUUCAGCUUCAGCCCGACGGCACCGUGGACGGAACCAAAGAAGACGACGACGCCUACGCUGUGUUCAACCUGAUCCCCGUGGGACUUCGUGUGGUCGCCAUCCAGGGCGUCCAAAGCAAACUCUACUUGGCCAUGAACUGCGAGGGCUUCCUCUACACCUCUGAACACUUCACGGCCGAGUGCAAGUUCAAGGAGUCGGUGUUCGAGAACUACUACGUGACCUACGCGUCCAUGCUGUACCGGCAGCAGGCGUCGGGGCGCUCGUGGUACCUGGGCCUGGACAAGGAGGGCGCCGUCAUGAAGGGCAACCGCGUCAAGAAGAACAAGCCGGCCGCGCACUUCAUUCCCAAGCCGCUCAAAGUGUCCAUGUACAGGGAGCCGUCCCUUCACGACCUGACGGAGUUGUCGCGCUCAAGCAGCGGCACGCCCGCCAAAAGUCGCAGCGCUUCGGCUCUGCUCGACGGAGGGAAGUCGGCCAGCAACGACGACCUGUCCUAGACCCCCGCCCCCCGACGGCCCCCUUGACUCUCGCACAAGCGCAUCUACAUCCUCUGUUCUUGUGUUGACCUCGCCCCAUCUUGCCGGCGAGAAACUAUGUCAAAGUGGGUUGAGGAGCUUGCUUUCCACAAAAAGUGUCGCCGUGCUGGCGAGCGGACGGCUUUUACGGAGCGGUGGCUCUUUUUGUGCACAUCGCGCGGCGUCCUGGUGCCCAGGAAACGUGGCAAAGUCAUUCCAGGUGUGAAUUUGGCAAUCGUGAACCUUUUGGAAAGGGGAAGGGGGGGUGAUUAGCCAAUUUUGGGGUGUAAGUGCCCACCCGUUGUUCAUUUUUUUUGGUUUUUUUCUUCACUGAGCAACUAUCUUGAAGUGAGUUGAGGAGCCAAUUCAGACCACGGUAGCAUUUGUCCACCACGUUGAAGAAUCUCUCCACAACUCCAAAGCUGUAACUGGCCGAGCUCACCCGGGACAUUUGCACUCUGCGUCCGCGCUCACUCUUUCAAUAUUUAAAGCUCAAUGGCUCACCGCUGGCCCGCAUUUUGAAGAGCGCGAUGGGUGCACGCCGGGCUCCUGGCUCAAAGAAAGAGGACAAGGUGGACGUCGACUUUUUAGUUUGAUUCCAUAAAGUGCAGCGGCAGCGUAACGUGGUCAUCGUCGCAAUCAUUUGGGCAGUCGAGUCGCCCGAUUGGAAGCCAGGGGGCGCCGCCGGUUGCUCGUCCUUCCGGCAC